CUGCGUGCUGGGGACACACACGGCUUGGGGUCUGCAUACACACGCGUGUAUCCAUGGCAAAGCAGCCUCGUCUGGGGCACGCGGAGCCGGAGCAGAUGGCCGGGGUCACAGCAGCACGGAUCAGUCCCAUCCUGUCACACACAGCCUGAUGGGGACGUGGGUUGGGGAGCUGGAACAGCGCCAGCUGCUCCUGGCCACCACGCGCCGAGGCUGGCACCAGUGCCCGGAGCAUCUCCCCCAUCUUGUUUUCCAUGCCAUGACUUGCCAAAAUUUGGAGCGCGGCCACGUCUCAGCCCCCACACCCAGGAAGUCCCUGGGGCUGGAUUCAACAUCAUUAAGUGCUUACAGAAGAUAAUGACCCCUUUGCGGAGGGCGGGCGGGAGGUGUGGCGCGGCGCUGUGGGAACCUGUAGAUCAUGUCUGGAUGAAGCCUCUCGCAAUGCCCCGGCUGCCCUCGGCCACCCCUGCUGGGAAGCACCGGGACACCUGGUGCUGGCCGAGCGGCACCGCACGCAUCCUGUGCCCCCUGCCAGCCUUCCCCCGCUGCCACCGCCGGCCAUGGCUGCCCAGAGAGUGGCCGUCAUCGGUGCCGGCGCCUCCGGCCUGUGCGCCCUGAAAUGCUGCCUGGAUGAGGGGCUGGAGCCCACCUGCUUCGAGAGGAGCGGGGACAUCGGGGGGCUGUGGCGCUUCGAGGAGCAGCCCGAGGAGGGCCGCGCCAGCAUCUACCGCUCCGUCAUCAUCAACACCUCCAAGGAGAUGAUGUGCUUCAGCGACUUCCCCAUCCCCGACGACUUCCCCAACUACAUGCACCACUCCAAGAUCAUGGAGUACUUCCGCAUGUACGCCCGGCGCUUCGACCUGCUGCGGCACAUCCACUUCAGGACCAGCGUGUGCCGCGUGUCCAAGCGCCCCGACUUCGCCACCACGGGCCGCUGGGAGGUGGUGACCGAGAGCGAGGGCAAGCAGGAGUCGGCCGUCUUCGACGCCGUGCUGGUGUGCACCGGGCACCACACCGACGCGCACCUCCCGCUGCACACCUUCCCCGGGCUGGAGAGUUUUGAGGGCUGGUACUUGCACAGCCGGGACUACAAGAGCCCAUGGGCCUUCACGGGGAAGCAGGUCGUCGUGGUCGGCACUGGGAAUUCGGGCAUCGAUAUCGCGGUGGAGCUGAGCCACACAGCCAAGCAGGUCUUCCUCAGCACCAAGCGCGGGGCCUGGGUGAUGCACCGGGUGGCGGAAGGUGGGUACCCCUUCGACUUCUCCUACCUCAGCCGCUUCAUCCAGCUCCUCCAGAGCCUGCUGCCCCUCUCUGUGAGCAACUUUGUGCUAGAGAGGAAGCUCAACGCCCGCUUUGACCAUGCGCUCUACGGUCUGCAGCCCCAGCACCGGGUCCUCAGUCAGCACGCGACCAUCAACGACGACCUGCCCAACCGCAUCAUUUCGGGCAGGGUGCGGGUGAAGCCAAUCAUUCAGGAGUUCACGGAGACAUCUGCCAUCUUUGAGGAUGGCACCAGGGAAGACAUUGAUGCCGUGGUCUUUGCCACGGGGUACAGCUUCUCCUUCCCCUUCCUCGAGGACUGUGUGAAGGUGGUGGAGAACCAGGCCUCUCUCUACAAAUUCAUGUUCCCUGUUGACCUGGAGAAACCGACGCUGGCUUUCAUCGGCUUCAUCCAGCCCCUGGGAGCCAUCAUGCCCAUCUCAGAGCUCCAGUGUCGCUGGGCCACCCACAUCUUCAAGGGGCUGCAGGAGCUGCCUCCAACCAGCACCAUGCUGGCUGACAUUGCACAAACCAAGGAGAAGAUGGCCAAGCGGUACGUGGCGAGCCGGCGGCACACCAUCCAGGUGGAUUACAUCCCCUACAUGGACGAGCUCGCCUGCCAGCUGGGCGUCAAGCCCAACCUGCCCCUGCUCUUCCUCACCGACCCCCCGCUGGCGCUGGAGGUGCUGCUGGGGCCCUGCACGCCCUACCAGUACCGCCUGCGGGGCCCGGGAGCGUGGCAGGGCGCCCGCACGGCCAUCCUGACCCAGCGGCAGCGCGUCGUCCAGCCCCUGCGCGGCGCGGCCGGGCGCAAGGUGCCGCGCUCCAGCUUGGUGCCGCACGUCCUCAAGGUGUUCUUCAGCGUCGGUUUGAUUGCAGCCACGCUCGCCUAUGUCUUGCUCUCCCCUUAACCCGAAAUAAAGGGGAUCGCGGGUCCUGCUGGCCACCUUA